CUCACCACCACACCACUUCUGGAUAAUGAGACCUAUGAGUAUGAACUAUGCCAAUUUGGUUGGUAUGCUCCUAUGGCCCUACUGAAUGGCAGUGUGGUGCACAGAGUCAAAGUCAUGUCUAACGGACUAGGCGAAAACAUACCAGAUAAAACAUUUGCUGUUAAUGUGAAUGGCUAUAUACAGGAGAAGGAGCGAGAGGUGGCCAGUUUCACUUUAGGCAAGGUGAUUCCAGCUCUAGAGGCCAUGAUGACUGUAGGUAGUCCAUCCAGGCCCCUCUGGGCUGUAGUGGACAGAACACCUGUCCUGGUGUUGCCGGGGAUUCCUGAGUUUAGUGCUUUACUCUUAACUGCUAAUGAGUUUCAACACACUGCUCUCAUAGAGGUGGCUACAGAAAGUCCCUGGGCUCGUUCUCUGAAAUGUCCAGAGUUGGAGUUCUCCUUUAUGGUGCAGGAGGCCAUAGCUACUGAGAGCACCAUCUUUAUUAGACAUAAACAGCUACUAUACCGCUUCACUGGAAACUACUCUCUUCUGCCUCUCCAAACACCACCAUCAGACUCCUGGGAACUGGUUCUCGGGUCUGUGUGUAUAUCUAGCCUGAUGCCUGUUGCUGUUCCUCACCAUGGAAGAGAGUAUUUCUAUGUGCUGGGACAAGAAUUAGAGAACAGGAGUCUAUACAGAGCACAGAUUUAUGGUCUGAGUCUCAUUUACUUAGUGUCCUCAUGUCUUAUCCCAUCCUUCUUUCUUCCUCUUUCUAUAGCUCCUGCUUUUAAGAUUUAACAGUCCAAAAUCCCCACGUGUUUUGCAGACGGGGUUCUGACCUUUACUGAGUUGAUUAAGGAAUUGGUAUGUCCAUUUGUGAAUGGUGAGAUUUGUGAAAAUGAUGAUGAAUUUAAAACCACAAAUCAUAUUCCUUUUCUUUUUUGUUUUAUUCUGCUCAGUUAAUUAUUUUUGUAUCACCCAAAUACGGCUUUUUCCCUUGCACAUGUAGAAGCUACAACACCCAGAGUUCAGCUGUGCCAGGUGAAAUGGGCAGCUCUUUA